UCUCGCUGGAUCGCUUGAUUCGUCGCGUCCCAAAUCAGUCUGAACCUGCUGAAGUCUUAUCCUGGGAGAGAAAAUUCUCUCAGGGAAUCGCUGCUCCGUCAACCACCACCGAAAUCUCCGAUCAGUGAUCGCAACCGUGCUUACUGACCUUUUUCAGGCUACCCAAUUCUUUCUUGGUUGUAGCUCACAAGUUCAAUUCCACCCUCCCGUCUCCGUUUCACUGCUCCGUUUAGUAGAAAUGGCAUAUUCAGACUUGUAGGGUUUCGUGGUUCCACUCUUUCAAUCCUCGAAAUCACCCUGUUCCAGAUCCUCAUCAGGUUUUUCAAAAUUCUCGUAGUUAUGGCUAUCCGUGUUACCAUUAACUAUUCCGGCUUCCUUGCCCAGAACAUGGCUUCCUCGGCUGGUCUUCGUCCCGGAAAUUGCCGAUCCUUCCAUGAAUGCUUUAUUCGAUCUCGCUUCUUUGCCUCCCCUAACCAAAAGCCCGAUCUCGAUCCACCCCCGACCCGCAGUUACAGGCGAAACCCUAAUUGCUGGUCGUCGAGUAAUUCGGCUUCUAUGUACAGUACCCUCACCGGUGAAAUAUUAGGUGGUAGCUAUAGGAGCCCGAUCAUGGUUGGCUUGAUCGACUUGAUGAAGUCAACGGUUGGUGUUCAGACUUCUUCCAGUGUUGGUAUGUUUGGCAUUUCUCCGAUUAAGGUCGCUUCGAUGAUCCCUUUUUUGCAGGGAUCGAAGUGGCUGCCUUGCAACGAGGCCUUUGGGUCUGAAAGCAGUGACGUGGACAAAGGAGGGACCAGGUUUGGUGGGGAUAACAUUGAAGUCCAUGAUGGUAGUGUGAGCUUUCAUCUAACACAAAACCGCUUUGAGAAGAGUGAAAGCUGGCUAUCGCGGAUGUUGAAUCAAUGCUCGGAGGAUGCCAAGGCUAUGUUUACGGCGAUGACUGUUACUCUGCUCUUCCGGUCGUCCUUGGCUGAGCCGAGAUGUAUUCCUUCCGCUUCUAUGUCCCCAACCCUUGAUGUUGGUGACCGCAUCUUAGCAGAGAAGGUUUCAUAUUUUAUCAGACAGCCCGAGGUAUCUGAGAUAGUAAUAUUUAAGGCGCCUCCGAUCCUGCAGGAAGUUGGUUUUGGUUCGGGGGACGUAUUCAUAAAAAGAAUUGUGGCAAAAGCUGGAGACUAUGUCGAAGUUCGUGAUGGAAAUUUGCUUGUGAAUGAUGUUAUUCAAGAAGAAGAUUUUGUUCUAGAGCCUCUGUCAUAUGAAAUGGAACCAAUGCUUGUGCCAGAAGGUCACGUCUUUGUGUUGGGAGACAAUCGCAAUAACAGUUUUGACUCUCAUAACUGGGGUCCACUUCCAAUCAAGAACAUUGUUGGUAGAUCGGUGUUACGGUAUUGGCCUCCAUCCAGAGUGUCAGGACACUCAAAAGACAGAUUUGACAUUCUAGUAUUGUUCUAUGGUACUUGUCGUCCUGUUCAUCUCCCACUCUCUUUUACCAAGCAUAGGUCCAUGUUGUUAGUAUCUGCUGAGAAUGAUAUGUUCUUCUGGGUUAGUGGGAUUGAAGGCUCUGCAGGGCUCUGGUUAAGCAUUUGCUCCAUGGGUGAAAAUGGUUUGAUUAAAGUUCUCUUGCCAAGUCCUUUACCAGUUCAUAAGCUAGAAAUUCCGUUGACAUCCUCGAUGAGUAGUGGUAUGCCCUUCUCUCUUCUCUUCUUCUGCUACCUCCAAUCUCUCUCACUGAUUCAAGCAUUUGCGUCUUCUACAAACUCUUCCGACUCCGUUAAUAUCUUCCAGGAUGUUCUGAAUGAGAUAUCUGCGAGGAAAAAGUGGGAUUUGGAGGGAAUUAGGGUCUCGGAAGUGGAUGUAAAUAAGGCAAGGUUUGGCACUGCCCAGAAUUACGAGUUUCAGAUCCGAUUGGGAAAGAAAAACAGAUAUGUGGUUUUUAUAUUUCCGGGAGAAGUAUCUUCCUGGAAGAAGUUGAAGGAAGGAGAAGCAGAAGCCAAUUUCGAAUCUCUUGUUAGGGCAGUUGGUUCGGAGGCUGUGCUUGAUCCUUUCAAAAUAGAGGGUCCCUUUGAGUUGCGUGUGGACGGUGAUGAUGAGCUCUCUCUGUUGUUGCCUAUGAACAUUUCUCAUACAUCUCUGAAAAGAAUCCUUGUCGGGGAAGGCAUCACGGUCGAAGUAAAUAGAGCUCAAGAAGCCUCUUAUUUUCAUUCAUCUGAUCUUAGUGUAUCUGUUAAUGGAAGUGAUAUUGACAGGCAGAAUACUGGAUUUUGGCCAUUUUGGGAACCUUUCUGUACCCCAUUGAUUCCUGUACAUAUUUCAGGGGCUGCUUCGCUAGUUGCCUAUGGGACUCGAAACCCUAAUGCCUUCAUUGAAACAUCUUUUUUGUCCAAGGAUACAAUUGAGUUGCGACAUGAAAAGUGUUACUGUAGACGUAUCUACAACAAAUUGGCUUGUCCAGUGGAUACUAUGGGUUCGAGGCUAGCUAUGCUAGAAAAGACUUUUAGAAGGUUUCCUGGAAAUAGAGUUCGUCAAUAUGGAUUACCUGGUCAUAAAGGAAAAGUUAAAGCAUCAACCAUCAUACGCUUCCAAUUAAAAUUGGAAAGGACUAUCAGGAGCAAUGAAAGCCGUCCAGAAACGUUGGCAGAGUGGAGAACUAGUCCCCCUGUCGAACGGCUUUGGUUUGAGGUAAUGGCAAGAGUUGAAGCAGAGAGGUUGAAGCCCAUUUCCAUUAAAAAGGUUAGGCCUUUCACUGCAGUUGAUACAGUUGCAUGGAGUAAUUUAAUGUCAAAUAUUUCGUUUACAAAGUUUCCUCCAAUUCUUGUUCCUCCUGAGGCUCUGACAUUGGAUGUGAAAUGGUAGUAGCAAAUUCUUUUAUUUAAUGUAACAUUGUUCUGUGUUGAAUAUAUUUGUAUUAUAUGCAGUUUGUGAACCCUCUUUGUUUGAUUGUGAGUGUACCAGAUGCUUGUGAG